AUGGAAAUUGACACCUUAAAAGAAGGGUUGGGUAUGGUGACAAAGUCCGCACAAGAAGCACCGUUGAUUGUAAAAGGUGCAAAUUCUAAUGCAAAUCUCAAGGGCUCGGGGAAGUUGAUAUUGUAUGUCCCUGGAGCCACAAAGAAAAAAGAGAUAUCAGUGACUGGACCAAAAUUAUAUGUUCCUAGUGGUUUUUCUAGGUUUGGUCAAAAUCAGAAUGGUUUAGGAAAGAUGACAGAACCAAUUGUGAUAAAGCACACGACACAACUUCCAGUGACAAGCAUGAAAACUGUUCCAUGGAACUACAACAAAACCACUGUGACUUACAAGGGCAAAGAGAUUGUUGAAGAAAUAGAUGAAACCAGUGGCUUAACGCGUUCUGGAAGGUGUUAUGCUCCAGAAGAAUUAAGGAGAGCCAAACAAGCCAGGGAUAGCCAAUUUCCAGUGAAAAAACCUAUUACCGAAGAAGAGGCUGAAGAGUUCAUGAAGAAGAUGAAAGUUCAGGAUUACUCUAUUGUUGAUCAGUUGAGAAAAACUCCUGCUCAAAUUUCAUUACUAUCUUUGCUCAUGCAUUCUAAAGAGCACCGUCAAGCAUUGAUUAGAAUUCUGAACGAGGCACAUGUUUCGGACAAAACAACCGUAAGUCACUUGGAAAAGAUGGCCAAUAGAAUAUUUGAGGUGAAUAGAAUCACUUUCACCGAUGAUGAGUUGCCUGUGGAAGACACCAUUGGUGAGAUUGAUCUUACUUUAAAAAUUGGACCUGUUGAUUUUGGGAUCACAUUCCAAGUUAUAGACAUGGACACUUCCUACAACUUGCUUUUAGGAAGGCCAUGGAUCCAUGCAGCCAGAGCGGUGCCAUCUACUUUACACCAAGUGGUCAAGUUUGAAUAUGAGAAACAAGAAAUUAUUGUUCACGGUGAAGAUGAUCUUUCAAUAUAUAGAGACCCUUCCGUCCCAUGCGUCGAGGCCAAGGAAGGUUGUGAAUCCCUCGUAUUUCAGACCUUUGAGAUAGUGGCAGCUGAUCAGUUUAUGGAAGGAAAGCCUAUUCCAGAGCCUCGUCUAUCCUCUACUUCGGUCAUGGUGGCUACACAAAUGCUGCAAAAUGGUUACGAGCUGGGAAAGGGCUUGGGAGUGUCGUUGCAAGGAAUUGUUGACCCUAUCUCUCCAUUUGGUAAUCAAGAUACUUUUGGUUUGGGUUUUAGGCCAACUAAAGCUGAUAGGAAAUGGGUGAAGGAGCAGAAAAAUAAGGUUUGGAAAUUGCCAAAGCCAGUUCCCCACAUUGCCGAGUCUUUUACUAGGUCACGGCUUGAAGAGAAUAAGGACAUGUCUGUCCAAGAUGACGUGGACGAAAUAUGUCAAGGUCUCAAAGAAAUGUUCUAUGGGGUAAACAUGGUUCAAAUUGGCGAAGGCCCUAGUCAUGCAGAUGUGCAACUUAUUGGCCCAGAAGUCAAGCUCACCAACUGGGAAGCUACUCCUCUCCCCACAAGGAAGGAGUCUUGUCUCAUUAAUGCCGGCUUUAAUAACAUGACAUGCAUGCGGAAUUCACGUCCAGAUCUUAAAGAGCUGUCUAAUCUCGAAACAACGAAUCAAGAGGUUGAUGAAUAUGAUGAAGAAGAGGCUUUUGAAGAGGAUGACAUAAUCCAGGUUUUGUUUGAAUAUAAAGAUGUGUUCGCUUGGUCUUAUGAUGACAUGCCGGGUUUGAGCGUUGAUCUGGUAGUGCACAAACUUCCUACAUACCCUGAUUUCCCACCAGUCCAACAAAAGCAAAGAAAAUUUAAGAAAGAGGUGAGUGAUAAAAUUAAAGAGGAAAUCAUGAAGCAAUUGAGUGCAAAUGUGAUCAGGGUCGUCCGAUUUACUACAUGGCUAGCAAACGUUGUGCCCGUACCUAAGAAGGAUGGGAAAACCAGAGUUUGUGUUGACUAUAGAGAUUUGAACAAAGCUAGUCCAAAGGACAACUUUCCCUUGCCUAACAUCCACAUUCUUGUUGACAAUUGUGCCAAACACGAGAUUCAAUCUUUUGUGGAUUGUUAUGCUUGGUAUCACCAAAUUUUGAUGGAUGAAGAGGGCGAAAAGACCGCCUUCACCACCCCAUGGGGUACUUACUGUUACAGGGUCAUGCCAUUUGGUUUGAAGAACGCAGGGGCAACUUACAUGAGAGCUAUGACUACUAUCUUGCAUGACAUGAUGCAUAAAGAAAUCGAAGUGUACGUCGAUGAUGUGAUCAUUAAGUCCAAAACUCAAGCUGACCAUGUGCGUGAUCUGAGAAAGUUCUUUGAAAGAUUGCGCAAGUACAACCUCAAGCUCAAUCCAGCCAAGUGUGCAUUUGGAGUUCCAUCUGGGAAACUUCUAGGGUUUAUAGUUAGUCGGCGAGGAAUUGAAUUAGACCCCUCCAAGAUAAAGGCCAUUCGGGAAUUACCGCCCCCGAAGAACAGAACUGAAGUCAUGAGUCUUCUUGGUAGGUUGAACUACAUCAGUAGGUUCAUCGCUCAGCUCACCACUACAUGUGAGCCCAUAUUCAAGCUGUUGAAGAAGGAUGCCGCUGUCAAGUGGACAGACGAGUGUCAAGAGGCUUUUGACAAGAUUAAGGAAUAUUUAUCGAACCCUCCAGUGCUUGUCCCGCCAGAACCGGGUAGGCCUUUGUUUUUGUAUCUAUCAGUGAUGGAUAAUUCCUUUGGGUGCGUUCUAGGACAACAUGAUGCCACAGGCAAGAAGGAACAAGCGAUCUAUUAUUUGAGCAAGAAGUUCACAAGCUAUGAGGUAAAAUACACAUUUUUAGAAAGAACGUGUUGCGCUUUGACUUGGGUCGCCCAGAAACUGAAGCACUAUCUUUCAUCCUAUACGACUCACCUCAUAUCUCGAAUGGAUCCUUUGAAGUAUAUCUUUCAGAAACCUAUGCCGAGUGGAAGGUUAGCAAAGUGGCAGAUUUUACUUACGGAGUUCGACAUUGUCUAUGUCACCCGCACCGCUAUGAAAGCACAAGCAUUGGCCGAUCAUUUGGCAGAAAACCCAGUUGACGAUGAGUAUGAGCCUUUGAAUACUUAUUUUCCUGAUGAAGAGAUUAAUUCAGUUGAGGAAGAAGUUCGCGAUGACAGUCACGUCUGGAAAUUAUACUUUGAUGGGGCGGUCAACAUUAAAGGUGUCGGGAUUGGGGCAAUUCUCAUUUCACCAACGGGGCAUCAUUAUCCCGCGACAGCACGACUUCGUUUCUUCUGUACCAAUAAUACAGCAGAAUAUGAAGCUUGCAUAAUGGGUUUAAACAUGGCAAUACAUCUGGAUGCACAUGAGUUAAUAGUUUUGGAAGAUUCUGACUUACUCGUUCGGCAGGCUCAAGGUGAAUGGGAAACUCGAGACAUCAAGCUCAUUCCGUACAAACAAUGUUUGGAGGACCUUAGCAAAAGGUUUAAGUCAAUCGAGUUCAGAUACAUUCCCAGAUUUCACAAUGAGCUGGCUGAUGCCUUGGCCACUUUAGCCUCAAUGCUUCCAUACCCAGGCAAUGCUUACAUUAAUCCGUUAGAGAUUCAGAUUAGGGAUCAACAUGGUUAUUGCAAUACAAUUGAAGUAGAGCCAGAUGGUGAGCCAUGGUAUCACGAUAUCAAAAGAUUCCUAAAAACAAAAGAAUAUCCAAUACAUGCCGAUGGAGAUCAAAAAAGAACUAUUAGGCGACUUUCCAAUGGUUUCUUUCUGAGUGGGGAGAUCUUAUACAAAAGGACCCCGGAUUUGAAUUUGUUAAGAUGUGUGAAUACCCAAGAAGCUGAAAUAAUCAUGAACGAAGUGCACUCCGGAGUAUGUGGCCCGCACAUGAACGGUUAUGUUCUAGCAAAGAAGAUUCUUCGAGCAGGAUACUAUUGGCUUACCAUGGAGCGAGAUUGUUUUCGCUUUGUUCGCAAGUGUCAUCAAUGCCAAAUUCACAGUGACCGAAUUCAUUCGCCCUCUUCGGAGUUGCACCCCAUGUCUGCUCCUUGGCCUUUCGUAGCUUGGGGGAUAGAUGUUAUUGGGCCAAUUGAGCCAAAAGCUUCUAAUGGGCACAGAUUCAUUCUAGUUGCCAUUGACUACUUCACCAAAUGGGUAGAAGCUGUUACGUUCAAAUCAGUCACCAAGAAAGCGGUGGUAGACUUUGUUCACUCUAACAUCAUAUGUCGUUUUGGUAUACCAAAGACCAUUAUCACGGACAAUGCAGCCAAUCUUAAUAGUCAUCUCAUGAAGGAGGUAUGUGAGCAAUUUAAAAUUGUGCAUCACAACUCUACCCCUUAUCGACCCAAAGCCAAUGGAGCUGUUGAAGCUGCAAACAAAAACAUCAAGAAGAUCCUCAGGAAGAUGGUACAAGGAUCCAGGCAAUGGCAAGAGAAGUUGCCUUUUGCUCUUUUAGGGUACCGUUCGCCCGCAAGCACAGAAUUGAUAUUCAAGAAUGAAGUUCCAUCAUUGGUCAGAGGAAAGAAGAAUGUUCAAUCUCGAAGACAGUUAGAGUCAGCUUUGACACAUAAGGCGGCCCAGCAUCUCAAGAUACAUCUUCUCAGCUUUUAA